AUGGCUCCCUCGGCAGACAGGCAGGGAUACUGGGGCCGGCCGACCUCAACGCUGGACUGGUGCGAAGAGAAUUAUGUCGCCACUUUUUACAUCGCAGAAUUUUGGAACACUGUCAGCAACCUGAUUAUGAUUCUUCCUCCCAUUUAUGGGGCCAUCCAGACGUUCAGAGACGGCCUUGAAUUCCGCUACGUCUGCUCUUUCCUCGGACUGGCAGCUGUUGGUGUUGGUUCCUGGUGCUUCCACAUGACGCUGCUAUAUGAGAUGCAGUUACUGGACGAGUUGCCGAUGAUUUACAGUACAUGCGUCUUUGUCUACUGUCUAUAUGAGUGUUUCAAACAAGAAAACAGCAUCAGUUUAUUUCCUAUCGCGUUACUAUUAAUCUUCAGUGUCUCAGUCACUGUGGUAUACUUGCAGUGGAAGGAGCCGGUCUUUCACCAGGUCAUGUAUGGUGCUCUAGUAGCUUGCCUGGUGAUGCGAUCUAUCUUCAUUGUUACAUGGGUGUAUCCAUGGCUCCGACCGCUGUGUUACACCUCCUUGGGAGUCUUUUUGUUGGGAUUCCUACUGUGGAACAUUGACAACAUCUUCUGUGACACAUUAAGAACCAGUAGACAAAGGCUUCCCCCUGGUGUUGGAGUAAUAACACAGUUCCAUGCCUGGUGGCACAUCUUCACAGGCCUUGGGUCUUACCUGCACAUACUUCUCAGCCUGCAGAUAAGGUCAACCUACCUCAAGCACAGACCAAAUGUAAAGUUUCUUUGUGGAGUUUGGCCCACGUUGCACAUUGAUCCACAGAAGACGAGUUGAAAUGAAGGGAUGUGGACCGACUGAAGGACGGUGACUGCCACAUCCAGACACCAUCGGCACAGGGAACUGCCAAUGCCCUACUGGGAAAUCAGCCCACAGCUAGGGGGCAGGUGGACCCCAAGGCACCAUCCCAGGGACCACUUAGUUCUGCACUGUGGGGAUUUACUAAGAACAGUAAAGAGUCCAGUUUAAAGAAAUUAAGAUUUUUUUUCAUCAGUCAUAAUUUAUCAGAUCAGCUUUUCUGUAAUCUUACUGAAGUGUAAUAAUUGUAUUUGCUUAUUUAAUUUAAAUGCAAAUAUCAAGUGUAAGCCACUGCAGUGGUAAAAAUUGAAGGGGUUAUGGGUGUCUUAAUUACGGCAUGGGAACAGGGAAAACAUUGUCAUUAUGAAGUGAUGGCCAUAGUUAUUGUUGGAUGUUUGAUUCUGUGGAUACUUGAAUAUCCUAAGCCUAUAUUUAAAUAGAUCCCUUAACUAAAGUAUAACUAAGACUUUUGCAUAUGUGUAGUUUUACAUGUAGCUGAGGGAGCUCUACCUAUAACACAGUGUUGUCAUAUCCCGUUUCAAGGAGUAUUGUGUUGCUUCUUAGAUGUGCUCACUACAGAUUGGAUAGAAAGUGCCAACUAAAAAGUGAAGGAGAGACUGUUAUUUUAGCUCGACUGUCUGGACUAGAAGACCCUCCUUCAUUUAUCUAUUUACUUAAGUUUUCCUCUCAAACAUGUCAACACUGGAAUUAUCAGGACCUCUUUUCUUUCUUUGCCAAAUUUGCCCAGAGAUGUAAAACAGUUAUGUAACUUGCAAGACCUUUUUAUGUUUUUACCUAUUUGUAUUUGAGAAAGAGAUGCAAUGCUCACAGUUUUGUUACUCAACAUUAUCACAGAUCAUUUUAGUGUUUUUUAGGACAGGGUUAAGAUUGUUCCAGGGACACAAAGCAAGUGGAACCACUUUUUCGACAGCUCGAGUUUCUGUGGACAUUGAAACGCUUUCAAAGCCUUUAAAGUGAUACUGCACACAAAUGUGUGCUCUGUGAGGGACUACGAUGUGUUGACUGUUGGGUUGUAUCAGAAUCCCAAUGAGCCCCCCUCAGGGUGGUUAUGUUAAGAAACGCAGCAGCAUCUGGAGGGUCUGGUCAGGCACAAAUAAUGCAAACCUGCAGAAACAUCAGUGGAACUUCAUCAGCUCAACUUGUGGCUGAUGUGUGCAGCUAGCUUAGAGUUCAAAUGCUGAUAGUUGAAACAUAGAUAACAACGCAGGCUAACAAAGAAAACAUGUUUAAGAUUUUCCUAUUUUUGAUUUUUAAUAUUCCGACAAAGGACCACGUCAAUUCAAUUCAGUUUAAUGAAUGGAACACGAUUGAGGAUGAGGUACUAGACAGCCAGUUAUUUUUGCCUGCUGCUUUGUUAUACUCCUUUAAACCUGGUAGUGAUUAGAAAAGUGCUUUAUUUAAGUAAAGACUAGACAUUACCACUAAAUUUUAUUUAUGACACAAUGUCACACUUAUUUAUUAGUCCUUUUUUGUUUCAUUUAUUUACACAGUCGCAUGAAGCUGAAGAGUCCAAUGGCACAUCUUGUCAGGGAAACAGUUUAUGAUACAACCUCUAGGUGGCAUCAAUUUCCAGCUUACUCCAGACAUUGCCAAACACGCCAUUGUGCAUUGAUGAACUAUCUACCUACUGUAGAACUCUUAUGAUCUCUGACUUGGUUUUCCUGUGAUGGAUCUGUGGCGUGGAACCAGGGGAUUUUUAAAUUUCAAUGUUUGUUUUGCUGCUGUGAGUAACUGUCCGGAGAUGCACAUCAUAUAUGUUCUGUGGAGUUGUUUAUAUUUGUGGGACAUCUUGAACUGCUGCGUGCUGGAUCAUCUCUCAAGACGGCACACAAUACAUACAUAUUUUGUUAUGCAUAUACACAUUAUGUCACUAUAUGCUUGGGUGUAACAGUUGCGUAAACCCAGAGUUACAAAUAUUCAUAAGCACAACGUGUGGAGAAAAAAAAGUAUUAACAUUGUUCCAAUGUCUGUGUGGAACCUCUAAUGUAUGUUAUUAUCUUGACAUCGCUGCUCAUCAGCAGAGGUGAGCGGCUGUCAGAGAGGGUGCCUUACUGUUAUCCUCGCAGUCCAAGUAAUCCAAGUUGCCUUGACGUUAGUGAUAAACAUCAUCAUUCAAUUGUCCCAUUCAUUUCAAGUGUCCAACAUCUUAAGUUAGAGGUCGUGCUAAUGAUGUUAACUGUUUUAUGAACAUGAUGUACUGCUUUAAAAUAAAAAUAUGUGUUGAGGCCAGAAGAGCAAACUGUUGGACUCUGGUCAUGUGCCAGUCUUUAAUGAUAUCCUGUAUUGUCAAAUAAAAGAAAGUUUCUCUAUGGAAGAACGUCA